AUUCCAAGUCUUUAGAGACACUAAACAAAAUUUACUGACCAUCAAACAGAUUUUAAACUGGACACUAAUGAAGAAAGCGUACCAUCAAAAAGGUGAUAAAGAAUACCUUGAACUAUGUCCUACACCUUUCAUGAAAUGGAGUUCAAAGUCCCCUGUAUGCAACAAAGAUCAUUCCAGUUCUCAAGCAACAACUGCAACACAUGUCACAGGUCAUACCAACCCUUAUACACUAAAUGUAACAUAUGAAAUAGAUCACACCAGUCCACCCAAGUACCAUGCUAGUUCUGAUAGCAUAUGCCCUGCACCACAAUUAUCCACAAGUGAAGCAAUCACAUCAUCGUUUAUAGGUACAAACAGUACAAAUACAGAAGUGGAUAACAAUUUUACUCCACUCCAAUCAAAUUCAUCCCAAUUUCAGUUGAUAUCCUCAUGGGCAGACAAAGCAAUUGAAGAAGCUGAAACUGACCUUCAUUCCCCUCAACUAUAA